CGGCGCGGUGGGGGCGGGGAGGGCAAGAUGGCGGCGUCCCUGUGGCUGAGCGGCGGCGGGGAGCGGGUGCUGAGGCUGCUGCGGGUCGGGCGCUCGGCGCUGGGCGCGGGGCUCUCCCUCCCCGCCCGGGCAGGAUGGAGGCACUUGCACGGCACCCGGGAGCUGCUCGGUACACCUGGUAUUAAAGUUCUUAUGCCUGCACUUUCUCCAACAAUGGAAGAAGGAAACAUUGUGAAAUGGUUAAAAAAGGAAGGUGACACAGUGAAUGUUGGAGAUGCGUUGUGUGAAAUUGAAACGGACAAAGCAGUGGUUACCAUGGAAUCAAGUGAUGAUGGCAUAUUGGCUAAAAUACUGGUGGAAGAAGGAAGCAAAAAUGUUCGCUUGGGCUCACUAAUUGGUCUGCUGGUAGAGGAAGGACAGGACUGGAAACAGGUUGAAAUGCCAGCUGAUGCUGGUGAUCCAUCUUCUGUGGCUCCACCAGCACCUGCAGGUGCCUCACCUCCUGCAGGUCCUGCAGUUUCAGCCCCUCCUAAACUGCAACAUCAGCCUGGGAAAUUGCAGGUUCGCUUAAGCCCUGCAGCUCGCAACAUUCUGGAGACACAUGGACUAGAGCCAAGCAAUGUUACACCUACUGGGCCUCGAGGAAUCUUCACUAAAGAGGAUGCUCUCAAACUUCUGCAACAGAAGCAGAAAGGUAAACCCAGUGAAUUGAAACCUGUGGUUUCUCCACCUCCUGCUGCGGUGCCUUCUCCUUCACUAGCAACAGCCGUGACUUCUCCAUAUCCAAGGCCAGCAAUUCCAGCAGUUUCCACUCCAGGACAACCUGCUGCCCUGGGCACAUUCACAGAAAUCCCAGCUAGCAACAUCCGAAGAGUUAUUGCCAAGAGAUUAACGGAGUCUAAAACUACCAUACCUCAUGCAUAUGCUGCUGCUGACUGUGCCAUUGAUGCUGUUUUGAAAUUGAGGAAAGAAUUGGCCAAAGAUGACAUUAAAGUAUCUGUAAAUGAUUUUAUUAUCAAGGCAACAGCAGUUACUCUGAAGCAAAUGCCAGAUGUGAAUGUAACGUGGGAUGGGGAAGCCUGCAGGCGGCUGCAGUCCAUUGACAUCUCCAUUGCCGUGGCAACGGACCGAGGGCUCAUUACGCCAAUUAUAAAAGAUGUUGCUGCCAAGGGAAUAAAGGAAAUUGCUGCCUCUGCAAAGGCUCUAGCAAAGAAGGCUAGAGAUGGAAAACUGUUACCAGAAGAGUACCAGGGAGGAUCUUUCAGUAUCUCCAAUCUGGGCAUGUUUGGCAUCAGUGAUUUCACAGCAGUCAUAAACCCUCCUCAGGCCUGCAUCCUCGCUGUGGGCCGAGCAAGACCAGAGCUCAAGAUUGUGGAAGAUGAAGAAGGGAAUGAGAAACUUGAACAGCAUCAACUCAUGACAGUGACUCUUUCAAGCGAUGGUCGAGUGGUGGAUGAUGAACUGGCUUCAAAGUUUCUGGAGACCUUGAAAGCCAAUAUAGAGAAUCCAAUACGACUGGCCUUAAAUUAAACUUGGUGAAGAUUGCUUCCUGUUUUGACAACAUAGAUAACUAUUAUAUACUUAGGGUUGUUUUUCUGUAAAGAGGAGUAAAUAGCUGGAGAUGGACAGUUAAAAAUAUUCAAUUUAUGAAUUAAUGUGAAGCACUCAUGCUUUUAGUCUUCUGUAAUAACCAGGUUUUAUACUGUAAAGCUAAAAGACUGUAAAGUUAACAUACCACAAUUCUUUAAACACACAGUACCAAUGGCCCAUGUUUGCAUAGGAAAGUCAAUCUCAUCUGUAAAAUAAACUCAAUAAAACUUUAUGAAAUAUAAAAGGGAAUAAUAGAAUAAUUUGGGUUGGAAGGGACCUUUAAAGGUCAUUUUGUCAAGCUCCUCCUGCAGUGAGCAGGGACAUCUUCUGAGCCCCAUCCACCCUGACCUUGAAUGUUUCCAGGGAUGGGUGAUCUUCUGCCUCUCUGGGGAACCUAUUCCUGUUUUUCACCACCCUCAUUGUAAAAAUCUUCUUCCUUAUAUCUAGUUUGAAUCUACCCACUUUCAGUUUAAAACCAUCACCUGUUCUCCUACUGCAACAGGCCCUGCUAAAAAGUUUGUUCCAAUCUUUCUUAGAAGCCUCCUUUAAGUAUUGAAAAAAACACAAGUUAAUUGUGCAAGCAGUGUUCUCAUAGAGGUCCCAAUAUAAAUAGUCAAAUUUUGCUGAUUAAUGGUGUUCUUUGCAUGGAUGGAAUGUAGAUGUAAGUAGAAAGUGUUUCAUCAUGAGUGUAUAUUGAAAUGUAACUGGGAGGCUCAAGUGCAGUGGCCUGAAGUUUAACAGAAUUAGAUUGGUAUCUUUCUUACCUAUAAAUAUGGAACCACAUAUUGCAUGUAAAUGUUAGGAAAUAACUGUGUUUACAGGACCUCAUGAGAAUAUAAAUUGUCAGUAGAAUUAUGGGAGUUUGUCUUAUUCUGGUUUGUGCAAGUGCUUUUUCCUAAUGAUUUGUAGGAAUUAAUUAUGGCUGCAGCUCAACAAGUAAAACAGCUAAUUGCAAGACAACCUUUACUUAACACUGAGUUGAGAAUUUUUGCUAAAUGAGUUUGCUUCUUUUCCUUCUUCUGAUAUAAUAAAUUUCAUGAAGUAUUAAUCUGACUGUAGGGAGAGAUUUUGAUUAGAAGAUCUAGUUUACUGUGCAGGAGUGGACAUAGCUGUUCUCUAUUUCCAAGAGUUUCUUCCUGAUAAACCAUAUUAAAGAUUGGGUCCUGAGGAUUAAUUUGCAAUUUGAAAUGGUUAACUUUCAGUUUUUCCAAAGCUGUUUGUCAACCUCAUAUUACUGUGAAAAGACCAAUUUCUGGGUUGUCCUUAAUGUGCAAGAAGCUCUCAUUAUUUGCUGAAUCUGCGCUGCCCAAGAGAUUCUGCAGGGCGAUUCACGGUGUGAUUUCCUGCUUUUCACUUGUGCACGCGUCGCUGCCGUGGUGCUGUGUGUUCCCCGGCAGCCCUCGGCCGUGCUCCCGGGGGUGAGGGCUGCGUGGCUGCUCUGCGCUGCUCCCGUUCCGCGUGGAGCGCGUUCCCUUCGUGCUUCGAGCCGCUGCUUUCCCUGCGCUCCCGGAGCCACUGCAAGGCGCUGUUGCACGUAAGUAUGGCAUGUGUGUCCCGUCUCACCCUUGCGGGUGCUCGCAUCCCUUGUGCUGUCCCAGCAGGCAAGGCAGCUUCUCCAGGUUAAAUAAACUUUUGUAGCUUUGGAACUGGGCAAGGCUAAUACAGGCUUGAAUUCCAAUUUCUUUACACCUGCCUGCUUGCCAGCAUUGUAAUUUGACGUGGAUAUGAUUUGUCAGUCGUCAGCCUGUGAAGGAAAUGUGUGGAAUUUAGACAAGUGAUAGCAGUCAGAUCUCCUUAAUUCAGAGGAAAUGUACCCUUUGGCAACAACUACCACUUAAGCAGAAGUGAGACAACAAAUACCUGCCCAUACAGAUUCAAAUUUAACAUUUAGUAUCUUCUUGAUGAUUUGGGAUAGGGAUAAUGGGUAAAAUGGCCAGAAAGUGAAUCAUUUGUAAUGGGUAUGCUUACUUUUGAAGCAAAUUUGUCUCAAAGUAAAAUUUUCACAGUUGAAAAAUUUAGCUUUUUGUGUUUUAUUCUUUCAAAUGUCUUCUGUCGGCCUAUUCUUUACAUACCAAAGCAAGAAAUGCAAUGAAGACAUCUACUUUCUUGAGUAAUUUAAAAAACCAUAAAAAUGAAGUAGUAUACUAAUAUGUGCUGGAAAUGUGUGCCUUUAGGAUACUUACUAUCUUUGUAUCAUUUCCCAUUGCAGGAAGCAUGAUUAGGAAAAAAAUAAAGGGUAGCUAUUUGGGACUUUGUUGGCAAAUCUUGAACUGUGUGUCAUGCUUUAAUCCCUAAUUGCAAUGUCAGAAUAUUUGACUUUUAGGUUGUUUUCUUUUUUUUUUUCCCCUGCAAUCGACUCCUUAUGAAAUAAAAUUUCUUUAAUUUA